AUGUGUGUCAGAGAUCUGUCUGCGCGACACAAGAGUAGAUGUGAGCUCCUAGAGUUUAUCACUGAACUGCGAGAGAGAGUGACGAGACAACACACGACUCACACCACAAUCUCAGUCAACGCGAGGUGAGCAUCUUUCUUUUUUGGGUGAAAGUGUCGCCUAUUUUAUUGACUCUGUUUUGACUCCCAAAUGGUCACCCUUUAAACGAAUACGAUUGUCAUGGGACUUUUAGAAUAGAUAUGCGUUUUAAUAGUUAUAAUUGCUCACUGUGGUAUUCUUGUUUGAAUAAUACGCCAAGAACACCAUCAUAGUUGAAAGGUGACUUCAUGCCAGUCAGGGUCACACAUUUUACGCACACUACCCACACUCGCCUCUGUUUUUUCCAAAGGACUUGCAAUACUUUUGAACACUUGGCUGGCUGGCUGUAGAAUGUUGUGCAUAAGGUGUUAGUUAUCUGGGCUUUUCAAUUGGAACUUUAUGGAGGUGUGUGUCUGCCUUAUUCCAUUUUGUCUAAACUAUCUCCGUGUCCUUCUCUGCAGGCUUUCCAAGUGUGGGAUAGAAUGCCGGCGAUAAGUAAACAUUCCGACAUGGAGUUUGACUCUCUACAACCCUGCUUCUAUCCAGACGAGGAUUACUUCUAUUUCUGCGGUCCCGACUCUGCGCCUCCCGGAGAGGACAUCUGGAAGAAAUUUGAGUUGCUGCCUACGCCGCCCCUCUCCCCGAGCCGAGCGGCGCUACCCGGGGAGCUGGCCUCGGCGUCCGUGGGGAACUCGGGCGACUCAGCAGAAGGUCCCAUGGGUUUUGGAUUAGGCAACCCGCUGGGGUGCGACUGGACCUCGGAGCUCCUGUUCCUGCCCGAGGAAGAUAUUUGGGGUGCGUCGGAUGGAGACCUGUUCGGCAGCUCCGCUUUGAAUAAUAACCCCAACUCCAUCAUCAUUCAGGACUGUAUGUGGAGCGGCUUCUCUGCCAGGGAAAAGCUAGAGAGGGUGGUCACAGAGAAGCUAGGCAAAGCCAUUUCCACCGCGGCUGCCUGUGGAGUUAGUAAAAAUGUCACUACCGCCGCCGUCAUCACCACCAAGGCGCCUGAGCUGAGCCGCUCCGAGUCGGAGUGUGUGGACCCCACGAUAGUCUUCCCCUUCCCUGUCAACAAAAGAAACGGUAGCAGCAGCAGCACCAGCAGCAGAUGUCCACAUGGGACGAUCCCCGCAUCUACUGCCCAUUGUAGCGCCAAGGAAAUUCAGAGCGACUCCGGUAAGCGAAUACCUUCGGCGAGGAUGCAUGCGCACAAGACCCUUCGUUUUGAUUACAGUAGCGUACAGUACAACAGCUAAUAACCUAGUACCUCAAUACUAAUGCUCAAACCCAGUUUUAGUUUGUUGAGUUGACGUCAUUCUGCUUCAAAUAACAUAUGGCAUUAUUAUUAGGCUAUUAUUAUUAUUAUUGUCUUGUUAAGGUAAUGGUAAUUGGGGUGAUUGGAAGUUAAGAGUUCAUAUGACUGGCGCAGAAUCGGAUUACCUUUUUACAUUCCACACACACACACACACAGUGAUGGCGGCAGUGAGUGCUUGUGCCACAGUGAACGAGAGGGUUUAUGUAAUAGGCAGACGCCUCAUCCGGCAGAUGGCAGUAAAAUUGGAGGAUUGUGUGCAUUACGAAUUUAGAUCCAGUUGACACCGAACAUCUAGACACACGGGUUGUAUAGGUUGAUGUACUCGGCGCAGUCAGACAGUCCCAAUCGAGAACGUGCUAAGUAUACUGACUACUUGAAAAAGUGCCUUGUUUCACGGUUCGUUGGAUGCUAUGAUUACGCACUUUACGCAAGGAUUAUUGAAAUAACUAGGCCUCCAUGGGUGUGAAAUUGUUCCUUACAUAUUAAACAAAUGCCAUCCAUACCAGCAUGAACUAGACAGCAUUAUGUAAAAAGCAAUUUAUAGCAACUAUUGUGUUCAUGUGUUGAGGAUGUGUGUGGGUGUGUUUCGGAAAGGGGGGUUGGUAAAAACAACAAAGCGGAAAAUUCAACCUCUGUAAUAACAGGAUAAUAGGUUAUUCUAACACCCUAAAUAGCCCAACUUUAGUUCAGCAUAAAUGUAUCGUUUGGCAGUUGGCAUGGAACUCUGGUACGAAAAACUUACUAGAGCUCUUUUGUGACGCCUGCGAAACGGUAGUAAAAAAAAAAAGGACCUCCAACUGGGAAGCGCCGGCUGGAGGCUUGAGCUAUAGAGCCUUGCCAAAAGCACACCCCCUCCGACCGGCCCGCUGGCGAAAGGAAGAUAGCUGUCGAGAAGAGGAGGAGGGCCUGUUUCAUUAGGGGGCUGGCAGCUUUGAACAGGCCCUCCCAUCUCGACAGCUGUCUCUCUGGCGCCGCUCCAGCGCCUCGGCUUAAAGCCGGUGAUCCGAUCGCACCACGUUCCCCCGCCCCGCAAGCCUGCUUGAUAAAACCGUUUGCAGGGGCCUCUUCUUCUGCUCGCAGCGUUAAGUCGCAUCUCUCUCUUUUCAACGCACUUUCCUCAGCAUCAAAAAGAGUAAUAGACGCACUGCAGACUUUACAUUUUAGUCAUUUAGCAGACGCUCUUAUCCAGCGCGACUUACAGUUAGUGAGUGCAUACAUUUUUCAUACUGGCCCCCCGUGGGAAUCGAACCCACAACCCUGGCGUCGCAAACGUCACGCUCUACCAACUGAGCUACACGGGACCUGAAAGGCAGUAUUAGACAGUGCCACUAUAGAUACCAACAGAUAUCCUAUCCAUGUUCAAGCCCUAUGGGCACAGAAUAGGCUUGCUGCAUUUGGCACCCAAUAGCAGAUAAUGGGAUGACUAAAAUCAAAUGUUGAUAUAUACAACACUUAUUAAAAAGCCUACAGUAUGCCUGCAAGCCAAAUGCACCUCUGACAUGUUUAUCUGUACAUUAUUCAUUUAAAACAAUGAAGGAUACACCCCCAUAGUCUAAAGUUGCUCCCUCUCUUCACCAUCUCCACUUCAUCUGCACUGAUCUUUUGGAAAAUAAAGGAGCUUUGAGCAAUAUGGUGGAUAUCUGACAACCAGGUGCUGGCUUUCACCAGACCAUCUCUUUCACAUCAAUGUAGGACAAGGAAAGGAGAUGAGGAGAGGAUGCCACUUUAGACUAUUGACAUUUACCCCUUAGAGAUUCACUAGUACUCACUCACUCACUCACUCACUCACUCACUCACUCACUCACUCACUACUAGUACGACCCACUUUCCCAGUGAGCCAGAUAUGAAAUCAUCCAGGCUGUCUCAGCUUCACAUGUGGUCUGUCUAGAGAGAGAGGGGGAGAAGAGAGGGAAGAGAGAGAGGGUAAGGGGAAAAGAGAGGGAGAGGCGAGACACACCCCCUUACCACCCAGCUGAGUCUGUGCUGUGGUUCUGUUUUGAUUCCUGUGCCAACUUCUCAGUGUGUGUGUGUGUGCGUGUGUGCUUAUGUGUGUUAGACUGCCUCCGGAGGGUCUAGGCUUCAGAAGUGGGUUACUGUAAGCUGUAAAAUGCCACACUGCUUUACGAACAACUAAGCUGAUAAUGAUAGCCAUUAUCACAAAGGCAUUUUAACUGGGGCUGCCGCCUCAAUCACUAACUGCUUACGACUGCGUUCCUCUUCUUACAGCUUCAAAGAGGCCUACGCAUUAUUAUUUUUAUUUAUUUAAGUCUACAAAUGUUUGUUUUUUAAAGUCUUGUGAUAAGUAGCGGCAGUAAUAUACCAGCUUAGGUGUAAUGAAAAUAAAGAAGGCGGGAAAUUAUGAAAAUAGCUAAAUAGCUUUUUUGAAAUCUCUCAAUUUAAAACCGAUUAGGAAUUAUGACUUUUAAAUGCUUUGCGUAUCCCAUUUCAUCAUCAGUAACUGCCUAACUGGUGAUGUCAAAACCUUUUCAAGAGAGAAGAACAUGGACAUUUCUGUAGUGGGUAAAGAUGAGCAGGAAAGGCCAAAGAAGGGUUGUAGGACUGAAAACAAAGGACAUAGCUUGUCUACAAGUCAGUCAGAUGAAGCGUGUAAAAAUGUAAAAAGCCUGGGGACUAGAUUAGUGCUAUAGGUGACUGACAGUAAGCAUUAAGAGUACUCUCCUUGUGCAAACAGAGAGCAGAGAGUUGAGCAAUGAUCUCACUACUCCCAAACAUACACACACACACACAGACACAUUGGUGCGCGCACGCAUACACACACACAUGGAGGCAGAAAGACCCACACACACACACACACACAGCUAUCUCAUGCUAUACUUGUGAGGACUUUAUGGAGACCAACAAUUGACUCCCAUUCAAAAUCCUAUUUUCCCUAACCCCUAACCCUUACCCUUACCCUAACCUGAACCCCUAAGUGAGGACUGGCAAAAAGUCUCAACUUCUCUGAAUUUUUGUUGGUUUACUAUUCUUGUGAGGACUACUGGUACUCACAAUUAUAGUAAAACGUACACACACACACACAAGGUACAUAGUUCCCAUAGUUGGUGAGUCAGAACAAUUAACUAACUCACUCUUCUGUUUUCCUUUCCCAGAAGAUGAAGACGAUGAUGAAGAAGAGGAGGACGAAGAUGAGGAGGAGGAGGGCGAAGACGACUCGGACGGCGAAGAGAUCGAUGUGGUCACCGUGGAGAAGCGGCGCGGCUUGUCGCUCUUGGCCACCGGCACGGUCACUAUCUCAGUACGGCCGAAGACGGGUGCCACUUCCGGGGGCGUGGCCUCAUCUGGCGUCGUGAGCCGAUUUGUUAGCAACCGGGGAUCAGCGGGGUCAAACGGUUACUGUCAGGAGCUGAUCAUGAAGCAGAGCUCGGUCCACCAGCAGCAGCACAACUAUGCCGCUCCCUCGCCGUACGCCUCCGACGAUGACCACGCACCCCCCUCCAAGAAACACAAGACCUCUGACGCUCCUCGCCAACCUUCCCGCACCCUCUCUUCAUCAUCCUCAUCAUCAUCGCCGUCAUCCUUGACAUCAUGCGGCUCCUUCGCCAUGGCAACGGCAGGUUCCAAACGCAAACGCAACGUCAGCGGUGACAGCAGCACGCGCAGCACGCGCAGCGGCGGUUCCUCCGGUAACUCCGACUCCGAAGACUCCGAACGGCGGCGAAACCACAACAUCCUGGAACGCCAGCGGCGCAACGACCUCCGCUCCAGUUUCCUCACGCUCCGCGACCACGUGCCCGAGCUGGCGAGGAACGAGAAGGCGGCUAAGGUGCUGAUUUUGAAGAAGGCGGCAGAGUAUGUGUCGUCGCUGGAGGUGGACGAGUUGCGGCUGACGCAGGAGAAGGACAGGCUGCAGGCGCGGAGGCAACAGCUGAUGAGGAGGUUGGAGCAGGCCAGGACACGCUAA